GUUCUUAAUCUGCAAGAGCCCUACGUGAGGUCCACUCGGAGUUCCUACAAGCCCCAACAAGCAAUUUAUCACAACGGAGGCAUUGAAUUGAAGACAGGUACGCACAGGCCGGCAGCCAAAGAUGAGAGUGUCUUCAUCCGGCUGGAAAAUAGUGACAAACUAUGGCUGCGUCUGCCACUGGCCUCCAGUCGAGUUGUUCAAUUUCCAAUUCCGCCGGUGAGUUCACGCACAGACAGACAGAAACUUGACAGUGAACAACAGGAUUGUUUAAGCCAUGUUCUACCUUCCUUUGGUUGUGAUCUCAAACCCAUUACUCAUUCUUUCCAACUUGCAGGAGGACAGGGAGCCAUCAUCGAUGCCGAGGAGUAA